AUGUAUAGAUCAAGUCAUCUAAAGUUUCUAAUGAUGGAUUUAAUUCCUGCAAAGAUCAAUUAAAGGAUUGCAUAUGGAAAUAGAAGAGGAAAGAGCAAAAUGAAUAGGAGUAGAGCAGUACAAAAUCUAUUCUUACAAAAAUCAUAUUGGUGGAUUGGAUCAAAGAAUUUAGUCAAUAAGUAAUUGAUAGCUAAGUAAGGUAAAAGUAAUCCUACAACUAAUAUCAUUAUUAUAUAAGCAAUUUUGUAUUAAAUGAAUUCCCAUCUUUAACAAGAAUAGCAAAUUCCUUUAGAGGUUGAAAAGAGUUCAAGUAGAGAUCCACAAUAUAAACAAAGAUUGGAUUAACAGAAAUUACAAUGCUUUAUUGAUUCAUUCUAUACAAAAUUAUAUACUUGA